AACAGCGGUGACGCUUCAUGACAGCCUCGCCGCCCCAACAGUGCAUUCUGGGUCCAACCCAAGAUGGCUGCGCCCUUGCAGAAGUGCUGAAGAAGUGCCUCUCCGGAGCUGUUCUCGGGAUUCUGUGGGAUUUUCGCGAAAACCGUCUCACCAAACAAGCUACCAGGGUCACUGGCGUGUAGAAGAAGACCAUACGGCCCCAGUCAUCGAUAAUCGUGGUCGGUGCCUCGUGUGGCUGUGGCAGACUGUCCGUGUGAAGAUGGGCCUCGUCUCCAGCCCCUUCACAUAGCGAAGAGCCGUGGGGAGAGGAGCCGCAGAUUCCCAUGCAAACACGCACCCAUACAACUUGGAUUUGACGGGUUUGACAUACUAUACAGGUUGUGGACGUUGCCCUACAAUUUUCUGACCAGGAUUGUUUGUGCAACAGUAUCUGUCAUCGUCCGGAGACGGAGAGGUUCCUCAGCCCGGGUUGAUAAUCCCACCGCACCAAGGGCCUUGAUGAAAAUGGACUCGGACUUGCUUCAUUCACCAGCCGUGGGCCUCGCAGAGGAAGAGGAGGCUGACAUGAAUGACUGGAAACUUCCCCUGGCCUUCAUGAAGAAAAGGCACUCAGAAAAGAUUGAGGGCUCCAAGGCCUUGGCACAGAGCUGGAGGAUGAAGGACAGGAUGAAGACUGUGAGUGUUGCACUGGUGUUGUGUCUCAACGUGGGGGUGGACCCUCCGGAUGUAGUCAAAACCUCCCCCUGCGCCAGACUGGAGUGCUGGAUAGAUCCUCUGUCCAUGAGUCCACAGAAAGCCCUGGAGACCAUCGGGGCCAACCUGCAGAAACAAUAUGAAAACUGGCAACCCAGGGCGCGUUACAAACAGAGUCUGGACCCCACAGUGGACGAGGUGAAGAAGCUGUGCACGUCACUGAGACGCAACGCCAAAGAGGAGAGAGUCCUCUUUCACUACAACGGCCACGGGGUGCCACGGCCUACAGUCAAUGGAGAAAUCUGGGUCUUUAAUAAGAACUACACCCAGUACAUCCCGCUGUCCAUCUACGACCUGCAGACAUGGAUGGGGAGUCCGUCCAUCUUUGUCUACGACUGCUCCAACGCUGGAAUCAUCGUCAAGUCGUUCAAACAGUUUGCCCUGCAGAGAGAGCAGGAGCUGGAGGUGGCAGCUAUCAACCCCAGCCACCCGCUCGCCCAGAUGCCCCUGCCGCCCUCCAUGAAGAACUGCAUCCAGCUGGCAGCCUGUGAGGCCAGCGAGCUGCUACCCAUGAACCCCGAUCUCCCAGCUGACCUCUUCACCUCCUGUCUCACUACACCCAUCAAGAUCGCCCUCAGAUGGUUUUGUAUGCAGAAGAGUGCCAAGCUGGUGCCAGGGGUGACGUUAGACCUCAUUGAGAAGAUCCCUGGCAGGCUCAACGACAGACGCACCCCCCUCGGAGAGCUCAACUGGAUCUUCACAGCCAUCACAGACACCAUCGCCUGGAAUGUGCUGCCUAGAGAUUUGUUCCAGAAGUUGUUUCGUCAGGACCUGCUGGUGGCCAGCUUGUUCCGCAAUUUUCUUCUAGCAGAGAGGAUAAUGAGGUCGUACAACUGUACACCAGUCAGCAGUCCCCGUCUGCCCCCUACAUAUAUGCACGCCAUGUGGCAAGCGUGGGACCUGGCUGUGGACAUCUGCCUCUCUCAGCUGCCCACCAUCAUUGAGGAGGGCACAGCUUUCAGGCACAGCCCUUUCUUCGCGGAGCAGCUGACGGCGUUUCAAGUGUGGUUGACGAUGGGCGUAGAGAACAGAAACCCUCCUGAGCAGCUCCCAAUAGUUCUACAGGUCCUCCUCAGUCAGGUGCACAGAUUACGGGCUCUGGACCUGCUCGGACGAUUUCUGGAUCUGGGUCCCUGGGCUGUCAGUCUGGCCCUGUCAGUGGGGAUCUUCCCUUACGUACUGAAGCUGCUCCAGAGUUCAGCCAGAGAGCUGAGGCCACUGCUGGUCUUCAUCUGGGCUAAAAUCCUGGCUGUUGACAGUUCAUGCCAAGCUGACCUUGUGAAAGACAACGGACACAAGUAUUUCCUGUCGGUGUUGGCUGACAGCUACAUGCCAGCCGAGCAUCGAACCAUGGCAGUCUUCAUAUUGGCUGUUAUUGUCAAUAACUACACAACAGGACAGGAGGCCUGUCUGCAGGGCAACCUAAUAGCCAACUGCCUAGAGCAGCUGUCAGACCCCCACCCUCUGCUCCGCCAGUGGGUGGCUAUUUGUCUAGGCCGAAUCUGGCAGAACUUCGACCCGGCGCGCUGGUGUGGAGUUCGAGACAGCGCCCACGAGAAGCUAUACACCCUGCUGUCAGAUCCCAUUCCUGAGGUGAGAUGUGCAGCCGUCUUUGCUCUGGGGACUUUUGUGGGAAACUCUGCCGAGAGGACGGAUCACUCCACCACCAUUGACCACAACGUGGCCAUGAUGCUGGCCCAGCUCAUCAAUGAUGGCAGCCCUGUCGUCCGCAAGGAGCUGGUUGUAGCACUGAGUCACCUGGUGGUCCAGUAUGAGAGCAACUUCUGCACAGUCGCCCUCCAGUUUAUUGAGGAAGAAAAGAACUACUCUGUUCCAUCACCAGCCAACACUGCAGAGCCUGGCAACCUGACGCCAGUGAGGGACAGCCCGGCCAUCCCACGCCUGCGACCAGUCAACUCCUACACCAACAUUCGAGCUGCCACCACUGCCCGCCUGAACAAGAGCCUGCAGAAUCUCAACCUCAACGAAGAGGGUGGACCACCAGCCUUCUCUCCUGGUAACCUGAGCACCAGCAGCAGCGCCAGCAGCACCCUGGGGAGCCCAGACAAUGACGAGUACAUCCUCUCCUUUGAGACCAUUGACAAAAUGAGACGGGUGUCCUCCUAUUCCUCCCUCAACUCCCUCAUAGGCGUGUCCUUCAACAGUGUUUACACUCAGAUCUGGAGAGUGCUGCUACAUCUUGCUGCAGACCCUUUCCCUGAAGUGUCAGAUCUGGCAAUGAAGGUCCUCAACAGCAUAGCAUACAAGGCAACGAUGAACGCCCGGCCUCAAAGGAUCCUGGACUCUGGAUCUCUCACACAGUCGGCCCCAGCCAGCCCCACCAGCAAGGGCACGCACAUCCACCAGGCUGGCGGCUCUCCUCCCAUGCCCAGCACCAGCAGCUCCAGUCUGACCAACGAGGUGCCCAAACCACCUGCCAGAGAGCAACCAGCCCCACGACCUCCCUACACCCCCACGCUGGGAGGACAGGCCCCUCACUCGCACCAGUUCCCCCGCACUCGCAAGAUGUUUGACAAGGGACCUGAGCAGGCGGGUGAGGAUGGAGACGAGCCUUGCGGUCACAGGAACUACAUCAGCGUGGCCCUGCAGACUGGCCUCUGUGAUUGGAGCGCCAAGUAUUUCGCACAACCCGUCAUGAAGAUCCCGGAGGAGCAUGAUCUUGAGAGUCAGGUGAGGAUGGAGCGGCAGUGGAGGUUUCUGAGAAACACUCGAGUGAGAAGACAGAGCCGAUGCAUCACACAAAAAGGUGUUUCCCGUCUGGAUGAUCAAAUAUUCAUCAACCGCAACCCUGGAGUCCCGUCUGUCGUGAAGUUCCACCCCUUCAACACCUGCAUCGCUGUUGCCGACAAGGACAGCAUCUGUUUUUGGGAUUGGGAGAAAGGCGAGAGGCUGGACUACUUCUACAACGGGAACCCUCGUUACACUCGAAUCACAGCUAUGGAGUACCUGAAUGGACAUGACUGUUCAUUACUACUCACUGCAACAGACGACGGAGCCUUGCGGAUCUGGAAGAACUUUGCGGACCAGAAGAAUCCAGAGAUGGUGACAGCAUGGCAGGGCCUCUCCGACAUGCUGCCCACUACCAGAGGUCAGCCCUCUGCCAGCGCUCACAGUCUUGCCAGAAGGGUCUCCAUCUAUCUUGACAGGAGUAAGCAAGGAGGUGCAGGAAUGGUAGUCGACUGGGAGCAGGAGACCGGCCUUCUCAUGACAUCUGGGGAUGUCCGGGUCAUCCGGAUCUGGGACACAGACCGAGAGAUGAAGGUCCAGGACAUCCCUACAGGAGCAGACAGCUGUGUGACCAGCUUGUCCUGUGAUUCUCAGCGCUCUCUCAUCGUUGCUGGACUGGGUGACGGAUCUGUGCGGGUCUUUGACAGGAGGAUGGGUCCGAAUGAAUGUCGAGUGAUGACCUACAGAGAGCACGGAGCCUGGGUGGUCAAAGCCCAUCUACAGAAGGAGACAGACGGACAUGUUAUCAGUGUCAGUGUUAAUGGAGAUGUUCGAUUCUUUGAACCCCGGACACCAGACUCCGUCAACGUUCUGCAGACAGUGAAGGGACUAACAGCACUGGACAUCCACCCACAGGCCAACCUGUUCGCCUGUGGAUCAAUGAAUCAGUUCAUAGCGGUCUACAACUCUAACGGCGAUGUGAUCAGCAACAUAAAAUACUACGACGGCUUCAUGGGACAAAGGAUCGGGGCCAUCAGCUGUUUAGCCUUCCAUCCUUACUGGCCCCACUUGGCGGUAGGCAGCAACGACUACUACAUGUCCAUCUAUUCAGCAGAGAAGAGGCUCAGAUAACACACCAGCAUUUAUGACCCUCGUCCCCCAACAAAGCCCCCACAUAUGACUUCUGACCCUGAGCCUCGUGCUCUCGGAUGUAAAUGACGUUUUUAUUGUACAUAUGCAAUUACCACCCUGAAUGUUCUAGUGAUGGCUGCUGACAAACUCAUGCUAGGAACGACGAUAUAUAUUAUUAUUAUUAUUCUCAUUGUUUAUUCAUAUUCUUAUUAUGAAGCUAAUGAUUGUAGACUUGGCUGUGCUGAGGAGUGUGUAUAUUUAAAUAGCAUACAUACAGAUGAAUAGAGGUUUCUAUUUUAAAGUCGUGGUACCUGCCAAUCACUGGGGCUCCUCCUCGCCACACAGCCUGCAUCCACUACCUGAAUGGACUGUGACCCCAGAGAACCUGGAAGUGGACAACACACACUGUUCAACACUUUCAAUGGUGCAAGAAACAUGGAUUUGCCCUCUGCUGGACCCCGGUGUGUUUAUGAAUUUAUUUUAAUAGCGGUCUCGCAGACAGAGAACUCAGAGUAUCCCUGCUUUGCAGCAUUGUUGGCAAGAAGUUCAUGAGGACGGACUGCGGGAUGGUGGACUGUGCUCAAACUCGCCUGACAUGGCGACCAGACAGAUAUGAAGAGUGAUUUUGUUUGUGUGUGUAUGUGUGUUUAUGUGUGUGUGUGUGUGCGUGCGUGUGUGUGUGUGUGUGUGUGUGUGUGUGUGUGUUUGUAAAAUGGAUAAUAGCACAGAGGUGCCCGACAGUGGGGCCUUACAGCCUUGAACUUUAUAGAUGCCCAAAAAAGAUGCCUGCUUCCAUGCUAGCUCUCUUUCCAUCUUGCUUCCUGACCCCAGCGUGCCAAACAUAAUCAUACUUUUCAUGCAAACUCCUCUGCUGCUGCUCAGAGGGUUCUUUUUUUGUUUUUAUUUUAUUUUUAACUUAUCGCCUGUAAAAAGGGAGUACUUCAACCCUGGGAUGAUGCAGAAUGAAAUAUCCAGCACCAUGAGAGGACAGAACUGUCAAAGCCAUGCAUCUAACUCUACGAGGCACCUGUGAUACCUGCUCUGCAAAGCAAUAAAAACCACCCAUCUUACAACCUAAAGCUCCUUCCAGAUAGAAAAUAUCUCCUCAGUUUGACUGAGAUAGCAGCACAGCGUGCUAUGGACAGCUGAAGACCUUUUUUUUGCCCAGAACUUAACCUUCAGCACCAAGAGGUUCCACUUUAUAGCAAUACAACACAGCCUUCUCCAUCCAAAGUGGUGUGAUUCUUCUACGUUCCUCUUUAUGUACCUUAAGUGUCAGAUUACCAUGCUAAUACUCUAUCUAACUACACCAGUGAGAGAUAUCAAUUUAAUUGAUGUUCCUGUGGUUGUCUUUAACUUUCUGCUCAUCAGGAUAUCAAAGAUUGGCCAAAAGAUUAAAGAAACUUUUCAAAUACUUGAAAUGUGAAACCAAGAUUAGUCAUCCCCCUGUGAACAAAAAUAUGUUUAUCUAUCCACAGUAAGGGCAGCUUCUUGAGACACCCUGAGAACACACAGAACUGUAGGUUUAGAGAGCUUUUAGGUCAUGUGACUCAUCACUGCAAAGAUCACCUGCCACCCACUGUCUGGACUGUUUUCAUUGGACAUUUCUCUCCUUCUUUUUCCCUGUCUUUCACUUUUUAUUUUGAUCUUCAUGUCAGACCUGUAGGGUUUGAUUUGUUUCUUGAACUUGGAGGCAUACAAUAAGUUGUGUGAUUGCUGUGGCGCUCUCUUUAACUCUGUACCUGUUUCUGCUCACUGUGUUGCGUAUAGUGAGUCUCGCUCAGGUACUUCAUGAGCAGAGUUGAUUCAACCUCCAGCCUCCCUGUGUCAGUGAUGUGUGCAGUCGGUCACAUGACACUCCUGAGAUCAUGGGAAAUGUUGGCAUAUACUGUGCGUCUUUGUGGUGCUGUUUUUGUAAAAUGCCUCUUUUUUUUUUCUUUUUUUUUUUUUGUGCAUUAUCACCAUCAACGUGCCUCUCUUCUGGGGCCGCAGCUUUGCUUCUUCAGCUUUUUUAAUCUAUUUUCUCUUUCUGUUUUGUAAUUUUAUGUUUUUUAAAUGUGCUGGCAUUUUGUUUGCCUUAGCCUCCGUGAAAUAGAGGGAAAACAGUGAGAACAGCCUUACCUUCACACACUCACUCACACACACACACACUCACACACACACACACACACACACACACACACACACACACACACACUCAUACUGGCUGCACUUAAGUCUCUUCAAUUUCUUUUCAAUGGCAACGUACCCCAACAUCAGUCUCCUCUUUUCUCCCCCCUCACCUCUCUGCAAUGGUCUUUCUGAGCUUUGCUUUUCCCCAAAUAUGAGACUCAUGGACUGAUAGUGAACUUAGAAAACGCCACACAGUCUGUAGAAACAGCUGCAGUUGCAGUCUCCACUUUAGUUCCCACCAUCGCUCUGUCACUGAGCUCUGUGGCCGCUCUGUGGUUUAGCAGGAGUAACCUGCUUCAGUGCAGCCAAAACAGCAGCCUGGUGUCAGAGCUAUUUUCUCAGACCCACGUUCAUCUCUACGUAUCCUGCUUUGAGUUUUCAGAUUUUAGAUCAGAAGAAAGGAAGAGACUUUAACAAAGUAGUAUGAAAGGAAAACUGAAAACAAUCAGGUUUGUCCCUGUGACUGUAGACUGCUCUGCUGACUGUGGUUUAUAAGACAGGAGAUAAAAUCAACAAAAUAAACCAAAUACAACACUGGA